AUGAGCGUCGACCGCGCGACUGAGCGCUGCGCGUUCCCGUGGAACCUAUAAACAGACGUGGCGCGCAGAGCUGAGUAGUCGUGGAGAGAGGAGAGGAGGGUAAUCGUGGCAGAGGAUAGCAUAUUCACUGCAGUGGGAGAUAACCUGACACAGAUACAUCAGGAAUGCUCAAAAUGCCAUCAUCCAAACUUUUUUUUAUCUCUCUUUUAUAACACAAUGCUGUCCAACUCUAAUGUCCAAGGUAACAUGUGAGCAAGAGAGUCCAGCCAUGCAGCUGAAUGAGACUGGAGUUCAAACACUGGCUCCAGAGCCAUGUGAGCAGCAGAUACUACUGGAGGACAACACUGGAAACUGUAGCGGCGGUUCCACCAGCAACCUGUCGCUGCACUGCUGGCUGCAGCUCCUCACCAAGGAAUCUAUCAUGGAAUUUCCAGGAGACAACUCCAGUUUAGUGGUGCGUGUGAUGAUAGCGUGUGUCUACUCCAUAGUCUGUGCACUCGGGCUGGUAGGAAACUCACUGGCUCUGUAUCUGCUGCACUCACGUUACAGGCAGAAGCAAUCAUCCAUCAACUGCUUUGUGAUGGGACUGGCUAUCACAGACCUCCAGUUUGUUCUGACUUUACCUUUCUGGGCGGUGGACACAGCCCUGGACUUCCGAUGGCCGUUUGGCCGUGUGAUGUGCAAAAUCAUCAGCUCUGUCACCACCAUGAACAUGUAUGCCAGUGUAUACUUCCUCACCGCUAUGAGUGUGGCACGUUAUUACUCUAUCUGCUCCGCGCUGAAGAUGCACAGCCGACGGGCGGCAGCCACUAGAGCCAAGUGGACCAGCCUGGGCAUAUGGGCUGUCUCUCUGCUGGCCACUCUGCCUCAUGCCAUCUACUCUACCAGCGUCCAGGUGUCAGAUGAGGAGCUUUGCCUGGUGCGCUUCCCGGACUCAGGCAACUGGGAUCCACAGUUUCUUUUGGGUCUCUACCAGCUGCAAAAGGUCCUGUUGGGAUUCCUUAUUCCUCUGAUCAUAAUUACUGUCUGCUACCUGCUGCUAGUCCGCCUAAUCCUCAGCCGACGAAUCACAGGAGCAGGGGGCCCAGAGGUUGAGCAGGGCCGGCAAAAGCGUCGCUCCAAAGUGACCAAAUCCAUUGUCAUCGUGGUUCUGUCCUUCUUUCUGUGCUGGCUUCCCAAUCAGGCCCUGACACUGUGGGGAGUGCUAAUAAAGUUUGACCUUGUUCCCUUCAGCAAGGCCUUCUACAAUGCGCAGGCUUACACCUUCCCCCUGACUGUGUGUUUGGCACACACCAACAGCUGCCUCAACCCCGUGCUCUACUGCUUGAUUCGCCAAGAGUUUCGAGCAGGGCUCAAGGAACUUCUCCUUAACGCCACGCCAUCCUUCAGUAGCCUGACUCAUCUGCUGCAUCGCAGGGCCAAAGUGGCUGAGGCACCGCCUGCUCUGGUGCUGGUCCAGAUGGAUGUCUGAUGUGGAUGACUAAAGCUCACUGUGACAGAGGAUCUGAAGGAGUGAAUGACUAACUCACAAAGUAAAUAAGUGAAAAUUGCCUAUUGAUCUGGAGUUAUCUCAACCCUGUCACCAUAUCUCUUUGGUUUUUGAAAACAACAUAAUCAUAACGGACUACCCGGUGGGAUGUGCCCCACUUUCACUGCAUGCUCCAAUAUUCACUCGGCAAAUCUUUUUUUGACCUGUUAUACAAUGACUCUUUUGCGCCGCACAGUAUAUGUGUCUCUCUUUCUCUCUCUCUCUGCCUCCGACAGGCAAUCCAUGUGAUGCUCUCUGGUAAUGUUUCUGUAUAGAUGUCAAUCAUAAAUGAGAUUUAAAUAGUUGCAGCACUCAGACACUCUGAAAUUAGCACAACCCCGAAUGACAUUUGCCACGGCAUCGACAUCAAGAAUGGGAUCAACCAUUCUUUAUGCUCACAGUGAAUGAGAACUUCACUGAUCAAACUCUCAGACUGUGAAUUGACAAGGGAUUUACUCGGAGAAAACAAGACAAAUCAUGA